AUGGAUGUGGCCCUGGAUCUGUACCUGGCGGUCCCGCUGCUGUUCACAGUCCUGGCUGUGAUCCUGGCUUCGGUCUUUGUGAAGCUGAGAGCGACUGAAGGGGACAAAGCUGCCGAGACAGCCAAGGGGGAAGGGUCCCAGGGCAAGGAGGCAACUGAGCAGGGGGAGGAGAGGAAGGAUGGCGAGGGGGAAGGGAAGGAGGGAGAAGCGCUGAAGGAGGAGGGGAUUCCGAGGGGGGAGAAGGACGAGGAAGGAGCGAAGGACGAGGGGAGAAGGAUCCCGGUGGAGGAGAUUGGGGUUGAAGAGGGGAAGGCGAAGAGAGCCGAGGAGAAUGAAGAGCAGCAGCCCAAGGAGGAGGCGGUGGCGGUGGCAGCGGCAGCCAGGACUGCAAAAGCAGACAAGCAGAGCCACCCUCAGGAGAUGAACAUCCCCCGCCAGGCUGCUGAGGUGGUGGAGGAAGAAGAGGAGGAGGAGGAGGACGAUGAGGACGAGAGCAAGGAGGAAGAUCAAGACUGGGAAAAAGAGAGACUGGUGGUGAAUGAACCAGAUCUGGACAAUGCAGCGGACGAGAAGAUCUCCUUUAAAUACAGCCCCGGAAAGCUGAGGGGGAACCAGUAUAAGACAAUGAUGACCAAAGAAGAACUCGAGGAGGAACAAAGGGUUCAGAGAGAGCAGCUGACUGCCAUCUUCAGGCUCAUGAAGGAAAACAGUGAGACAUUUGGAGAGAUGUCUGAAGGAGACAUGAAGGAGCAGCUUAAACUUUAUGACAUGUAG